AUGGGGCACCUUCAUUAUUUUCUUGGCUUGGAAAUAUUGUCUGAGCCUGAAGGAGCAAUUGUAUGUCAAAGAAAAUUUACUUUGGAUCUUCUCUCUGAGUUUAACUGCUUGGAUUGCACUCCUGUAGCUAGUCCCUUGGAUGUUGCUGUGAAGUUCAAAGAUGUUUCUGGGGAGCUCUUGUCUGAUCCGACACUCUACAAACAGUUAGCUGGCAAACUAAAUUUCCUCACUAAUACUAGACCUGAUCUUGCCUUCGCUGUUCAAUAUCUCAGUCGAUUCAUGCAUGCUCCUUCCUCUGUUCAUCUUAGUGCUGCUUAUCAUGUUUUGAGGUAUGUCAAGGGUACUUUGGGCCAGGGGUUGCUUAUUUCCAAAGCCUCUGAUUUUUCUCUUCAAGCAUAUUGUAAUUCCAAUUGGGCCACUUGUCCCACCUCUCGGCGAUCUGUUAGUGGUUAUUUUGUUUUGCCUGGAGGUUCCAUUCUCACUUGGAAGUCGAAAAAAAGCAUACAGUCACUCUUUCUUCUGCUGAAGCAGAAUACAGGUCAAUGCGUCAGUCAGUCUGCAAUCAAUAUAGCUCGGAAUCCUGUUUUUCAUGAGCGCACCAAGCACAUCGAGCUCGACUGUCAUUUUGUGCGCGAGAAACUCCAUGAAGGCCUUAUGUCCUUAUCCUUUGUCCCCAGCAGCUUGCAGCUUGCAGACAUGCUAACCAAGCCUCUCUCGGGCGUGCAUCAUCGCUCCAUUUUGAGCAAGUUGGGUGUGGCGAACCACCCUCCAACUUGA